AUGUCCAAUAUUUACAAAUGGCUUUUUGGCCCGCCGGCCAUCCCGGUGGAUGCCCACGAAACGGACCCGACGCUACUCAAAGAGAACUCUACCUUCAAGACAUACACCACCAGCCGCUGCGAGUACAAGGACGUCCGCGUCUUCUUCCGACAGCACGUCAAGGCGGCCCAGCUGCCCAAAGACCCCGGGCCGCUGCCCUUGCUGGUGUGCAUCCCCGGCCUGGGCGGCUCGGUCGCGCAGUUUCACCCGCUGUUGAGCAGCCUCGUCGACAUGGCGCCGUGUCUGGCCAUUGACCAUCCGGGUGGAGGACGAUCUGCCUACUCGCAGACGCGCUGGGGCGCGUACACGAUGGAGGCUCUCGCCGAGCUCCUGGAAACAAUCAUCGAAGAUCACCGCGACAAGGACGCCGGGCAAAAGGUGGUCCUGAUCGGCCACAGCCUUGGCACUGGACUCUCCGCCUUGCUGGCGAGCAAGAAGACGACGCACACCACGGAUCUUGUGAGCCACAUUGUCGGCCUCAUAGCCAUUUGCCCCUCCGCCGGCCCUCUGGGGGAGUCCUCCUCGCGAGGGUUGCGCGCGCUGCUUUGGGUCCCUGGCUGGGUCUUUAGCCUGUGGCGUCUCUGGGACAGCAGAGGUGGCCCGAACAGCGUCUCAAUUGCGCGGUUCGCGGGAGCCAAGGCGUCGCCAGAGCUGCGGUUGCUCCAGUACCGUUUCAAUCAGCAGAGUCGAACCCCCGUCUUCCGACGCAUGGCUGGCGCCGCCGCCCCGCCGUAUCGGAACGGCAAACCGCAAGGCGGCCUCCCUACGACGGACAUCUGGGGCGAGCUUGACAUUCCGCUGUACCUGAUUGGAGGCGAGGCUGACAAGGUCACCCCGACGGCGAACGUGGACAAGAUAGUCAACGCCAUUAAGACAAAGCAGGCCGCCCAGGACGGCGCCGACACGCCGAUCGAGCACGUCAGCAAGGCCGCCGAGCCGGUGGGCGCACGCCUGCAGCCAGACGACCACGACCUCUCGCGGUCCAUUGUCAACAUUACGGAGGAAGACUUUGAAGCUGCCAGAUCCGGGAUCGACUCUGACGAAUCGCCCAACGAUGACUACCUGUCGACCCCGCUGGAGUCCCCCACGGCGAUCCCGGCGCAGCCUGAGCACCCGGCCAUGGUGGUGCAGUCCAUCAUCAUCCCCGCGCCAGCUAACCACACGCUCCUAUACGCCCCGCGCGGCUCGCGUAUCCUCGCCGGCCUCAUCGCCGACUUCCUCGCCACCCACAUCACCGGCCGGCUCUCACUCGCCUGGCAGCUGCAAUAUCUAAGCCAGGAAGGCAAGUGGGACGUCAAGAACCUCGCCAAGUGGCAAUCCGUUCUGCCCGUUUCGGCACCCAUCGGCCCGCCCAGCAGCGACCCCGACGACUCGGACGACGGCGUCGUUCCCAUCUUCCGCGCGCUCAAGACGCUCCGCGAGGCCGACGAUGUGCACAGCCCCGCCGCCUUCACCGCCCGCUGGGGUGAAAUCGUCAAGGAUGUGGUCGACAUCUCGCGCGAUCAGCCCGUGUACGAUGCGCGCGGACUUGAGCGCGCUGGCGUGCACUAUCACAAGUUUCCAACCGUCUCCAAGGUGCCGCCCGCCGCCGACGAGGUCGCCGCCUUCAUCCGGCUCGUCGACAGCAUUCGCGCGCGCCAGGCCGACCGCGCAAUCGCGGAGGGAUGGGCGCCUGACUGGCGUCGGCGCGUGGUCGUCGGCGUCCACUGCCACUAUGGCUACAACCGCACGGGAUUCCUGGUCGUCUGCUACUUGGUCGAGCGCUGCGGCGUGCCUGUGCAGGACGCUAUCGCCGCGUUCAAAAAGGCAAAACCGAACGGGAUUCGUCACUCGCACUUUUUGGACAAGCUCUACGUGCGAUAUGACUUGGACGCAAAGGAGACUGGUAAUUAA